AUGCUCUCAUCACGUGGCGCCUCUUCGGCGGCCAUCAAGCGGCUCACGAUCGAAUACAAGCAGCUCUCUUCGGAUCCCAACAGCCUCUUUCCCGCCACGGGCCCCAUCGACGAGAGCAACUACCUCGAAUGGGAGGCGCUCGUGCCCGGCCCAGAGGACUCGCCAUACGAGGGCGGUGUCUUUGUUGCCCGUCUCUCCUUCCCGCCUACAUACCCGCUCGAGCCGCCCGUGAUGAAAUUUGACCCGCCGCUGUUCCACCCGAAUGUCUACCCGGACGGCACAGUGUGCAUCAGCAUCUUGCACGCGGCGGGCGAUGAUCCCAACAUGUACGAGUCGUCGUCGGAGCGCUGGUCGCCGGUGCAAUCCAUCGAAAAGAUUCUUCUGAGUGUCCUGAGCAUGCUGGCGGAGCCAAACGUCGAGUCGGGCGCAAACAUCGACGCUUGCAAGCUCUGGCGAGACGACCGAAAGUCGUACGAGGCAAAGAUUCGCGACGACGUCCGCAAGUCCUUGGGCCUGUAG